AUGGCGCCGUCGAUGGCGAGGCUGUGGAUUGCUGUACUUAUCGUAACUGUAUGUGAGGCAUCGCCAACAGUCUCGUUCCCCAUCAACUCUCAGGUGCCACCUAUCGCCCGCCUCGGCGAGCCCUUCGAAUUCGUCUUCUCGGCAACAACCUUCUCUUCCGCCUCGCUCAUAACAUACACCCUGUCGAAUCCGCCAAACUGGCUAUCAAUCGAGAGCGGCGCGCGACGAAUAUUCGGCACACCUCGGGACGCAGAUAUACCCUCUGGACAAGUCGUCGGUGUGCCUAUCACGAUCGUCGCAACUGAUCUCGCGGGGUCCGUCUCGUCGCCCGCGACGCUUGUGGUGUCGAGGAGUCCGGGCCCAGUUGUCCAGAUUCCGCCUGCAGAGCAGGUCCCCAAGUUUGGCCAACCCUUCUCUCAGCCGGCCUCAGUGCUCUCCUAUCCGGAUUAUGACUUUGACUAUGCUUUCUCAUCAUCCACCUUCUCCCGGCCGAACCUCAACUACUAUGCCGUCAGUGGAGAUAAUAGCCCUUUACCAGCUUGGAUCACGUUCGACCCGAGCAGGCUGGGAUUUCGCGGGAGGACACCACCCCUAAGUUCGUUAGUUAACCCCCCGCAGGCGUUUGAGUUUAAGCUCAUGGCCUCCGAUGUGAUUGGGUUCUCAGCCGUCUCGUUGUCAUUCUUUAUUGUCGUAGGGGAGCACCAGAUGACGGCUGAAGAGACUUCGUUAACCAUCAACGCGACCAUCGGCUCUGCCGUGUCUGACAAGAACUUGAAGGGUAAGGUUAGGCUGGAUGGCAAAGAGGCAGAGGCCAGUGAUAUAAAAUCGGCUGAGACGCCAAACAUUCCCUCCUGGCUGUCAUUCGACAAGAGCAACUGGGAGUUUCGGGGCACGCCACGGGCAGAUUCCCGGCCAACCUCUUUCCCACUGAUUCUCCAAGAUCAAUACGGGGAUUCCCUAAACCUGACCGUCCAGAUCAACUUUGCGACAGCUUUGUUCCGCAGUUCUCUCAGAGAACUGCAACUCAGGGCUGGCUCUCAAUUCUCCUUCGACUUGAAGCCAUACUUACUGAACCCGGCCACAACCGACAUCGAACUGGAGACAAACUCAGCUUCGAGUUGGGCCAGUUACGACGCGCCAGCGAUGAGAUUGUCCGGCAACGUUCCGAGAAAUCAAGGUGUCUCUGCUGCGACGCUGGUGCUCAAGGCUAAAUCCAAAAACUCCGACAUCACAGACGAGCGCGCCUUAAGGAUACGCAUAGACGAUGAAAGCGCAACCACAUUCCCAACGACCCUGAUUAUAGCCCCGACUUCAUCAGCAAACCAGCAGCCAACGCCGGCGGGCGAAACUUCGUCGGGAUUGAUUUCCCAAUCAAGCUUGCCGACAUCUGGCAGCGAGUCUAGCGCAGGUGGAGGACUCUCCCUGGGAAAGAUACUGCUGGCUGUGCUCUUGCCUGUGACGCUGCUUGCCAUCUUGUUCUUGUUCCUGUGUCUGGCCUGGCGCAGACGCAGACGGCGCAGAUCUCGACCCCUGGACAGGAAGGACAUCUCAGGGCCCAUUCCUGGCAGUUUCAUGCAGGUCGGUGUCCCUGAAGAUUCGCCAAUGCGAGGUAUUAGCAAGAGCGUCGAUAUGGGAUACCAGGAGACCUCGACAAAGAACGGUACCCCUGGCGGCCGGACCUUCUCCCCAGUAGCGUCGAGACAGAUUCUCUACGGGUUCCCGAUGACACCACCGCCACGCGUACCUCCUGUGCCUGGACGCGUACUGAAGGCAGAGAAAGACCUUAAAGACGGUAAAAACGCUAGUAGCGGCUGGAAAGCAGCCAAUAUAUUUGCGGCUGCCACCAGAAAAGCGCGCAGGGCGAGGUCAAAGAGUUAUCUUUCAGACACUAGCGUAUACGUAGACCCGCAGCCCUUUGACGUCUCGACGGUGCCUUUGCCACCUCAGAUAGCUGGAAGUGCCGGGGGUGCGGGUUCAUUCCGGGGCAACGUGGAAUUUGGCAUCCCUACGUUGCAAGAUUAUGACGACAGCAUACAGCACACGCCAGAAAGGUUCGAGGAUAAUGAGACUGCUGGAACAGUUGGAACAAUCGAAUCAGGGAGAACUGUGAGGAGGCACUACCUCCCGGUUGCCAAAUCGGGGCAGCCAGGUGCGAGCCAGGAACUCAUGGAUAUGUCCCCUGAGGACCCGGCAACUUUGCUACCAGCUCGUCCGCAGCCAAGGUUCAGCGGGCAUUCAAUGGUAGAUGCAUACGAACAUGAACAGAAUGGCAAGGGCGGUGGCAUCGUGGCCGGCUUUGUUAACAAGGUCCAAAUCAAGAACAGUUUUGGCAGCAUCACCACGGUGGACACGUUCAAGGAGAAGACAAAAGCGGCAAGAGAGCGUCGAGCGGGGGAGCACAUGGACGGGGGUAUCAUCAAUCGACCACGGCCGGCAGCUUUGUCGGGCCUGCCAUCGUCACUCCCACACGGUGGACGUAGCCAAUCGGCAGGGCUUCGGGGAGUUCUUCCGCGCUCCACUGCUGCAAGACCACCAAUCAUCAACAUAUCUCAUCACCACACCAUAUUCAAUGAUGAAAUGGACGGGGAGUGGACCCCAGUCCUCCCCGACCCGCUUGGCAUAUCGUACGAAGACAUCGCCAACAGCUCGCCAUUUCACCCCUCCCCGACGUGGUCCACCAUCAAGAGCGCAGACAAAGGAUUGUACCCUACCGAACCGGGUGCAAGUCCACCUUCGGGCAAGCCGGACUGGACCGUCCUGAAGGGAGACGACGACUCGCCUGUCAUCAACGAAUGGGUGCAGCGCGAUGGCGAGAGACGAGACGGAGGAGACGGAGGAGACGAGGAGGCAGGCCGUGGUGCGGCAGGCUUGGGUCUGGGUAUCAAUAUACAUAAUGAUAAAAAUAGUGACGCGCCUGCGCCUCAACACCCGCCUGCUGACAGAAGCUGGGAUGUCGGUCUGGGGUUGAGCAGUCUGUGGAAAAGCAGCAAGCGCCGAGACGACAGGGGGCAGCUUUUCGAGGUGGCGAUGAAUUCAUCAUCAUCGCCGUCACCGCGGGCUCAGGAACGAGACACGAAAUACACGUCGCAAUACUCGGUCUUUAGUAGGUGGGGCUCGAAUGAUGAGAACAACACCGGGCGGUCGGCUGGUGGAGCUGGCAGUAAUGGGUCGAAGGGUUCGAGAGGAUCGAGUUUAAAGUCUGGGAUUAGCGACUAUAGGGUUUUCGUUUAA